AUGGAGGAGGCUCAGAAAAAACUCCAGACUCUGUCGGAGGAUUACCAGACGCUCCAGACAGAACUGGAGGGUAUUGUCGAGGCGCGACAGAAGCUCGAGUCGCAGCAACAAGAAAAUCAGAGUGUGCAGGCGGAAUUCGCCUCGCUCGACGACGACGCAAACAUCUACAAGCUAGUCGGACCAGUUCUGCUGAAGCAGGAAAAGUCAGAAGCCACCAUGGCCGUGAAAGGCCGCUUAGAGUUUAUUGAGAAGGAGAUAAAACGAAUAGAGACACAGAUCCAGGAUAUCAACACCCAGAGCGACAAGAAGAGGACCGAGAUUAUUCAGUUGCAAUCGCAAGCCCAGCAGCAGCAAGCCGCCGCGUCUGCCAGCGCUUAA